UUCAACGCUGCCUCCGCUACUCCAUUCGCUGUCUGAAACGAUGCCCGACGGUUCAUUUUCACACCCCCAGGAACGGCAAUUCAACCCCUACACUGAAAAUGGCGGCACCAUCCUGGCCAUCGCUGGUGCGGACUUCUCUGUCGUUGCCGGUGAUACGAGGCAGAGCGAAGGCUACAGCAUCCAGACACGUUAUGCGCCAAAGGUUCACAAACUAACGGACCGCGCCGUCCUCGCCGUCAAUGGCUUCGCGGCCGACGGUAACAUGUUUGUAAAGAAAGUGAAACAGCGUCUCGAGUGGUACCGCCAUGCGCAUGCGAAAGACAUGCCGCUCCGUGCCAUCGCACGACUGAUUCAGACAAUGCUCUACGGGCAGCGUUUCUUCCCAUACUACGUCUACAACAUCCUCGGAGGCAUUGAAGAGGACGGCACCGGCGCGAUUUACUCUUUUGACCCUGUUGGAUCAUAUGAACGCGAGACAUGCCGCGCUGCGGGUGCGGCUAUGGCCUUGGUGCAACCAUUCCUGGACAAUCAGAUAUACUUCAAGAAUCAGCAAGCUCCAGCAGACUCACCACAUCCUGUACAUCUACCGCUACAGGAUGUGCUUUCUAUCGUCAUCGAUUCGUUUACCAGCGCAACCGAGCGCCACAUUGAGGUCGGCGACGGCCUUGAGAUCUACGUGAUCCUUGCGAAGGGCCGGUCGGCUCAGGGUCUUGAAAGCAUCCGCAACGUACAGGAGAUGAGUACAAAUCCCGAGGGCGAUCGGGUGUUUGUCAUACGUCGCGAGUUGAAGAAGGAUUGAAAUCAUUGUAUUAUACUACUUAUUCUGGACGUCGUCAAUCGGCAUGGACGGACAGACUCAUCCUGUAACUAUCUUGUAUCUCCAUCCAUUCCCUACUCUAUCUUGUCGUUAGAAGACAGGCGUAGUACAUUUUCCCCGCUGUCUUGCGUUGCGCGCCGCGGCGGGUAAUAAAAGUCUACUACGCGCUUUGCUG